CCUCUUUUGUGGCACCAAGGGUGGUCCAAAUGGGUGCUGGUUAUUCUUCUCUUUGCCUUUCCACCUCCACUCAUCAUCACUCUUUUCCUCUCACUGCCUUUCAUUGUAAAAAAAAAUCAAAAUCAAAUUUUCCUUUCAAUCCCAUCUGUAAAGAUCGAAGCUUUAACAACCCUUUGCAAAGAAUUGCAUAUUUUCCUCAGCCAAUCCGGUUCUCUGGUUGUGAUUUACCUUCAAAAGUUGGGACUUUGAAGUGUGGGAAAGUGAGAAAGAUGGAGAGUCAAGAGGGAGUUGCAGCAAUUACGAAUCCCACGAGGGAUUUGGAGACUGUUGAUGAAGAUUUGGUUCAACAGAUGGUUUAUGAUGCUCUUGUUUGGAGCUCUCUUCAUGGCCUUGUUGUCGGUGACAAGAAUGUUCAAAGGUCAGGGAGAACUCCUGGUGUGGGAAUGGUGCAUGCCCCGUUUGCUUUGUUGCCUUUGUCAUUCCCUGAAAGUUACUACAGUCAAGCAUGUGAGUUAGCACCCAUUUUUAAUGAACUCGUUGAUCGUGUGAGUUUGGACGGAAAUUUUCUACAAGAUUCACUGACCAGAACAAAGAAAGUGGAUGCUUUUACAUCUAGACUCUUAGAUAUUCAUUCCAAAAUGCUAGAAAUCAACAAGAAAGAGGACAUACGCUUGGGUUUGCAUCGCUCAGAUUAUAUGUUGGAUGAACAUACUAAAUUGCUCCUCCAGAUAGAGCUAAACACAAUUUCAUGCUCAUUUCCUGGCCUCGGUACUAUUGUCAGCGAGCUUCACAGGAGCUUACUCAUUCACUAUGGAGAACAACUUGGAUUAGAUUCCAAAAAGAUCCCUGGCAAUUCUUCAGUCAGUCGGUUUGCAGAAGCAAUGGCUAAAGCUUGGACCGAGUAUAAUAAUCCCAGGGCUGUAGUUAUGGUCGUGGCUCAGUCUGAAGAACGUAACAUGUACGACCAACACUGGCUUUGUUCGGUAUUGAAGGAAAAAUACAAUGUUACAACUAUUCGGAAAACAUUGGCCGAAAUCGAUAUGCAAGGGGAACUACUUCCUGAUGGAACACUUCUUGUUGGUGGCCAAGCAGUUUCAGUUGUCUAUUUUAGAGCUGGGUAUGCGCCAAGUGAUUAUCCUUCAGAAUCAGAAUGGAGAGCUAGGCUACUUAUGGAGCAGUCUUCUGCGAUCAAGUGUCCGUCAAUCUCUUAUCAUUUAGCAGGCACCAAGAAGAUUCAACAAGAACUUGCAAAACCCAAUGUACUUGAGAGAUUUCUUGAUAACAAAGAGGAUAUUGCCAAAGUACGUAAAUGUUUUGCAGGUUUGUGGAGUUUGGAUGACUCGGAGAUAGUCGGCAAAGCAAUUGAAAGACCUGAGCUAUAUGUCAUGAAGCCACAAAGAGAAGGCGGAGGGAACAAUAUAUAUGGUGAAGAUGUGAGGGAAACCCUUUUAAGGUUGAAAAAGGAAGGGAGCGAAGAAGAUGCUGCUUACAUUCUUAUGCAAAGGAUAUUCCCAAGUGAAUCCCUUGCAUAUUUGAUGCGUGAUGGCGUUUGUCAUAAAGAUCAGGCUAUAUCAGAACUUGGCAUAUAUGGUGCUUACUUAAGGAGCAAGGACAAGGUGAUCAUGAAUGAACAAUGUGGUUAUUUGAUGCGGACAAAGAUUUCUUCCUCAAAUGAAGGCGGGGUUGCGGCUGGAUUUGCCGUCUUGGACAGUAUAUAUUUAACUUGAUUAUUUUAACUUGUUAGCUACUUCAAUUGAUUGUAUAAUUUAAAUCCACAUGAUUCUGGUUCUAUACAAGAAAUCAUGUCAAAGUAGAUUCAUUUUCCGCAAUUUAGUAUUUCCUUCAAAUUUGUGAAGGAAAGGAUUUGACAUGGAGGACAUGGUGUUUCCCUUUUUUUCUUGAGCAAUAAAAUUUUGAUGUGGGUUCUGUACUGCCAAGCCACUGCCUUACAAUGUUGCCUGACCAAAGAUAUGGCUUUU